UGGAAUUUUUGGCAAGGUUAAAGGACGCACAAAAAAGCAAAACAAAUUUGCUAAUGGAUGAUCGUAGCCAACCCAAGACACCAAAAAAGAACUGGAACUGGAGUAACUGGAUCCAUAACAAAUGUCUAGGAGUCUAAUUGAUGGCGAACGAUUGUCUUAUGAGAUUUUCAGCUGACUGGCAGAAAAAAAUAUAACUUUACCACAUACUUUCGUUUUCGCUUUUGAAUUUUUGGCCAAAAACACAAAACAUAUUUUUACGAUCACUUUGGGCCUCGACAGAACCUUAAGCCAACACUAAGCCGUCGAAGUUCUCAAAUAAAAGCAGCAGACUAAAGGCAAUUAACAUGUCCGAAAAUGAAAAUCUGGUUUAGUUGGAUGUUGAACUUGAAGUUGCUGAAGAUGGUGAUGAUGAUGAUGAGCAAUGGCGUAGACGAAUCCAUCUAAACAAUCGACAAAAAAAGACAUAAGUCAACAGAAACUUAUUAAACUUCCCCUUUAGCACUUUUCCACUGCGAUGAAUGUGCGAUCGCAUGAUUUGUUGAUAGCUGGCUGAUCGCCGGCCCAUCCGCAAAAAUCUGAAAAGAGAAUACCGGUGGUAAAUAGCCAUAAGCCUUAAAGCGUAACUGAGCUUUGGACACCUCACCUACCUCCAGUUAGCGGAUUAUUUAAGGUUUCCAUAUAAAAACGCCUGUGUUUGGAUAGAAAAGCAUCAUUGUCAGUUUUGCACACUCGAAGAGCGGAAAGAAUCUUGAAAUCAACACAAAAACCAACAUGAAAUUCAUCAUUGUCUUUGCUGCCCUCUUCGCCGUUGCCUUGGCCGCCCCUGCUGCUGAUGUGCAAAUCGUCAAGAGUGAAUCUGAUGUAGGACCCGAAUCCUUCCAAUAUGCCUACGAAACCAGCGAUGGCACCAACGCCCAGGCCAGUGGUCAAUUGAAGAACGCCGGUAGCGAACAAGAAGCCAUUGCUGUCACCGGUUCCUUCUCCUUUGUUGCUGAUGAUGGUCAAACCUACACCGUCAACUAUGUUGCCGAUGAAAACGGUUUCCAACCCCAAGGUGCCCAUUUGCCCGUUGCCCCUGAAGCCUAAGAAGUUGUUAUCGUUAUUGAAUCGUUAUACUAUGGCUGUUAGUAGUUAAAUAAAAUUCCCUUAUCCAAAAUUCCCA